AUGAUGAUGGUCGACGAUCGAGAGAGAUUGAGAGAUUUUUCUCUUCUGCCGAAACGAGAAAUAGAUGCGAGAGAGGGAGAUAGCGGCGUGAAAGAGAAGGGUUUUGGGCGAUCAAAGAAGAAAAGGAGUUCUGCCUUCUCCUAUGUCAGCUCGCGAGAGAAAAAGGAAAAAUAUUGGGCCAAACUUACUUGUAAUUGGGCCGAAAAUUCAAUUCACGAAUUGGGGGCACCCGACGGAGGUAAAGGCAGCGGCGAUGGCGGGAGGAGAGGGGCUCGCCGGACUACAGCAGUUGAUUCACGUCGUGCGAAGGAGCAGGGGAAUUCGUGGAGAGGAAACUCGUCGGAGUAUGGUGGCGGGUCGCCUGCGCGCGGAGGAGUUGCAGAUUCGCGGCAGGGCUUCACGGCGAAGGACGACUUCGCGGGUGGAGGAGGGUUUCACGGCAGCGAUUGAUUGCUGAUGGGGGAAACUCGCUGGUUCACGGUGAUCGGAGGCUCACAGCGAAAAACGAGCGCAAGGGGAUGAUGGCGAUCUGAAAACGACGAGAGAAAGGUGAAGGCGGCGAUGGAUCGAUUGAAAGAGAGAGGUGAGGGAGAGAUUGAGAGGUUGCAGCGUGAUUUUGAUCGAGAGAGAAAAAGAUGUACAAAGGCUGCGGCGUGUUUUAGGUUGAAGGAGAUG